AUGGACUUCUCUGGCUCAAAUCCGUACUCAGUAUCUGGACAAACGACAACAACGGCAGACGAUAGCGAUCUACCCAAGGGCUCUAGGCUUCUGAUCAUCAUCACUUGCUCGAUAGGCGGAGUGUUCUUAUUCUUCUUCUUCCUUUAUGUGAUACGACAAAUGCGAAGGGGUGCUGCAUUGGUCGAUGUUCUCAAGCUCCGCCCCCGUGGUCACGCGGCUCCUUACAUGGCUCGGCCGGAAGAGUACCCUAUCUACUACGAGCAGAGAUAUUCAGUACGAUCGUCGCGGUAUCCCUUAUCACUCAAGAGCAAGACCAGAGCUAGCAAGAACCUUCCAGGCCUACCAGGGCCUGUCACUCAACCUGGAGCAGAGAUGGCCAACAAGCCUCCUAGUGUGAUCAUGGAGCCACACAUGGCAUAUCUCAAGAGUGGAGACAGGAAAUAUCUCAACCGGAGCGGCACCAGGAAGUCUCAAGCGUCGAACGUACCGAGUAUUUCGAUCCGCAGUGUUGGAGACGAGCCUAUGUCACCAACGUCGUCGACUCAGCGAACAACUCGAUGGAGCUGGACAAAUUCAGAGGCCCCUUCAACGCCUCGCUUGAACAUUGAGAGGAAGAGAACUUCGAACGGAUCUCUCGUUCCAAACUAUAAGCCCGUUGGAUUCGGCAACGACUACCAGCUGACUGCCAUCCAAGAAGACAGUCUUUCACCUGGUCUGCCAAAACGGACGAACUCCACGCCUAUGGGUGGUGUACCCGACAAAGCACAGGAGCUUUUGGAAACUGGAGGUGCUGGCUAUCUGCCGCCAAGGGUACCAUCCAAGGCUAAAUCGUCCCCCUGGAAGUCAGUCUUCCGUGGCUGA